GGCUUUUGGUAAGCUUGUGCAGAUCUUCCCCAAAGUUGGAUCUGGUCCUGCUCGGCUCUACAGGUGGAUCUCGGACAUGGAGGUAUUCCCUCCUCCUAAGGCUGAAAACAUCUUGCACUUUAGACCCAAGGCUCAGAGGAUUUCAGCUGGAUCUGACGUGAAGGUCUCCUGCUGAAGGAUGAGGUAUCAUAGUGAUGGAAGGUGCUUUGCAAGCUUCCAAGGGAGAGAAGCGAGAAACAGAUCUAUUUAGCGAUGAACAGUUCUAUCUGUGGACCACAACAAUGACCAGUGUGGCAAGAUCUUCCUCCAGGUGCACCGUGACUCUCACAUCUUGGCAUAAGCAGCAGCUGUCUAGUCGGACUUCCGUUCUACUCAAAGCAGGUUGACGAUGCCUGCCAGCAUAGCAGCUGCUCACAGCUGGAUGGAUGGUGGAUCUUAGAGGAGUUCCUGCUACUACCAUUGACUAAACCACCGUAAUUUCUAAGUGCAUUCCAAAUACUCUUCCUAAGAUCUACAGAUAAGUGCAGCUGUCACUGCUUCUUAAAGGUUCUCUUAGAGUGCAUUACGGAAGACAAAAGUGAUCCAAGAAAUCCUAUCAUUCUGGGAUGUGGCCAUUGAUUUCUCUCCAGAAGAGAGGGGGUGCCUGGAUCCUGCUCAGUGGAAUUUGUACAGGGACGUGAUGUUGGAGAAUUACAGCAACCUUGUGUUCCUGGGUCUUGCUGUCUCUAAGCCAUACUUGGUAACAUUUCUAGAGCAAAACCAAGGGCCUUCGUGUGUGGAAAGACAAGCAGCAGCCACCGUGCCUCCAGGAACAACAGUCAAUGAGUUUAACGAUCACAACAAAGCCAUUGAUCAAAACUCACUACCCAUUCAAUGCCAGAGGAUUUAUUCAGGAAGGAAACCCCACAGGUUUGAAGAAUGUGGUAAGCUCCUUAGUGCACACUCAGCACUUUCUAGACACCAGAGACUUCAUACUGGAGAAAAACCCUACAAGUGUAAAGAAUGUCAUAAGGCCUUUAGUACUCGCUCAUCGCUUUUUAUACACAAGAAAAAUCAUAGUGAUGAAAAAACUUACAAGUGUGAAGAAUGUGGCAAAUCAUUUUACUUUCCUUCAAUGCUGAAGCAGCAUCAGAUAAUUCAUUCUGGAGAGACACCUUAUAAGUGUGAAGAAUGUGGCCGAUCAUUUUACUAUCUUUCCACACUGAAGCAGCAUCAAAUAAUUCAUUCUGCAGAGAAACCCUACAAGUGUGAAGAAUGUGGAAAAUCAUUUCACUGUCUUUCAACGCUGAAGCAACAUCAAGGAAUUCAUUCUGGAGAGAAAAGGUACAAGUGUGAAGAAUGUGGAAAAUCACUUUGCUAUCUUUCAUGUUUUAAGGAACAUCACAGAAUUCAUUCUGGAGAGUAUCCCUACAGAUGCAAAGAAUGUGGCAAAGGGUUUUCCCGUUCUGUUCACCUGCAGGAACAUCAAAGAACUCACACUGGAGAGAAACCAUACAAGUGUGAAGAAUGUCACAAAGUCUUCCGUUACCACGCAUCCCUUAAGUACCACAAGGCAGGUCACACUGGAAAGAAAGCCUACAAUGGGGACCUGAGUGGAGAAGGGUUUACCAAGCCCACUUUCUUUAUUGACUACAAUGUGAUCCAUACUCCAGUAAAAGAUUAUAAGUGUGAAGAGUGUGGCAAAUGUUUUUCCUUAUCUUCGUACAUUAGACGACAUAAAAAAAUCCAUUCUGAAGACAAUCCCUACAAGUGUGCAGCCUGUGGCAAAGGGUUUUCUUGUUCUUUUAACCUUCGAGAACAUCAAACAGUUCACACUGGAGAGAAACCAUAUAAGUGUGAAGAGUGUGGGAAAUGUUUUCGCUUAUCUUCAUCAUUCAGAAGGCAUCAAACAAUUCACUCUAAAGACAAUCUUUAUUAGUGGAAAGGUUGUGGCAGAUGGUUUUGCUCUUCUUCUGAACUUAGAGGACAUCAACAAUCCAUUCUGAAGACAAUCCCUACAAGUGUAAAGAGUGUGACCAAAAGUUUCCCUGUUUUCUACCCCUUCAGGAACAUCAAACAAUUCAUACUGGAGUGAAACCACACAAGGGUGAAGAAUGUCACAAAGCCUUUGAUCGGGCUGGGGAGAUGGCUCAGAGGUUAAAAGCACUGCUUGCUCUUCUAGAGGUCCUGAGUUCAAUUCCCUGGAACCAUAUGGUUGCUCACAACCAUUUAUAAUGAGAUCUGGUGCCCUCUUCUGGCCUACAGAUGUUCAUGCAGGCAGAGCAUUGUUUACGUAAUAAAAUAAAUAAAUUAAACAACAACAACAAAAAAGGAAUAACAAAGCCUUUCUCAGUCCUUAGAAUACACAAGACAGUUCGUACUGGAGAGAAACCUUACAAAUGUCCAGAGUGGGGAAAAUGUUCUUCCUUUUACAGCCCUUAGAAGGCAUCAAAUAAUCCAUUCUGAAGACACUCCCCAUGAAUGUGUAGAAUGUGGCAAAAGGUUUUCUUGUUCUGCGUGCCUUCAGGAAUAUCAGAAAGUUCACACUGGAAAGAAACCAUGCAAAUGUGAAGAGUGUCACAAAAGCUCUAUCACUCAUUUCUUAGGAGACACAGGGCAUUCCAUACUGCAGAGAAAGCCUACAAGUGUGGAGACUGUGGCAGAUGUUUUCCUUUUCUUCAUCCCUUAUAUGACAUCAAAUAAUUCAUUCUAACCCCAGUUUCUACAAGUAUGUGGAAUGUGGCAGAGCCUUUUCUAUGCUAUCUGUUCUUACUAAGUUCAAGCUGGUUCAUUCCAGAGAAAAACCAUAAAAAAAUGUGAAGUAUAUGGGAAAGCCUUUUCUUCUAAUGCUUCUUUAAUUCAGCAGAAGUUAUGUCAUACUGGAGUAAAAUCCUAUCAUUGUAAAUGUAGCAAAAUGUUUUAUUCUACUUCAAGACUUAAGAAACAUAAAAGAAGUCAUUGUCAAGAGAAACCAUAGAAAUUUGAUGCAUAUGGAAAAGCCUUUUCUAUUAAUUGUUCCCUGUUUCAGCAUAAAAUAGUUCAUACUGGAGAGAAAUGCCACAAAUGUGAAAAGUGAGGUGUAAUGGUUGUACCUCAAAUUGAAGAGACAUGAAACAAUUUAUUGUCAAGAGAAACCCUACAAACGUGAAGGAUGUGUCAAGGACUUUUAUACUCACCAAGAACUUGCUGUACACAUGAGAGCUCACACCAAAGAAGAACCAUACAAAUGUGAAGUAUGUUAAAGAAUCUUUUCUAUUCUCUUAAACCAUCUCAACAAAUUAUAUCAUACUGGGGAGAAAUCUUACUAAUGUGAGGAAUGCGGCAAAAUGUUUUACACUAAUUUUGACCUUAGUCACCACAAUCCUCAUCCUGGAGAAUAACCAUAUAGGUGUGAAGAAUGUUUCAUUCUGUGACCUUACAUCUGUGUAACAAUUAAGUUAAUUAUUUUGGAAUAUUAAAACAAAUGCCUAAUGUCGACCAGCACAGACGCUAAGACUGUGAUCAGAGAACUGUAGAGAUGUAUCCUUGAUGCAUCUCCUCACCACGUUGUAAAGUAGUGUGUUUGAACCAUGCCUUGACUGAGAAAUUUCUUUCUUCUGUAACUAUCAAUGUACCAUGAAGCUGUUACCAUGCUGUUACAUGGUUCUUUGGCUGACUGAAUCUGAGUUCUGGGCCACGCUGUACUUACUGUGCUUUUCUAGGUGGGGGUCACCCCCGUUCCUGUAAUAAUGUCUCUUCUGGGUGUGUAAGAAGCUCUAUGAACUCAUAUUUCUCACAAUGUUGAGCUCUGGUGAAAUGAUCUGUAUUGGUACCAAUCUGAGGUGAAUGGGCUUAGUGUUUCUCUCUCCAGGAAAUGUGAUAGAGCACAUUGUCAGUCAUAUUUUGUUCCAGAAUAAAGAAACUCUUAUCCCCUAAG